UAUACAUUUAUGCACUAACUUUGCGUUGAAAUAAAUAUAUAAUGGAACCAUUAAAAACUGAGAAAAAAGUUGAUGAAAUCAAAAGAUCAUCAAAAGAAGCUGAUCAAAAAAAGCUAAAGAAGAAAAAGAUGAUGAAGAAGAGAUCAGUAGUGAUAAGUUUGAGGAAAAUGAGUUGUUUUCGGUCACCGGAUUAUGGGUUUCCGACCAUAGAUGAAGUUGACAAAAAUGGCAACGUUGACAUGACGUCAUCAGCUUCUAAUGUCAAGAAGACCCAUCUUGUUGUUAUGGUUAAUGGACUGAUCGGCAGUGCUCAUAAUUGGAGAUUUGCUGCAAAACAGUUCUUGAAGAAUUACCCCGAGGAUGUUAUCGUUCACUCCAGUGAACGCAACUCUUCGCUAUUGACAUUUAAUGGUGUUGAUGUGAUGGGAAACAGACUAGCAAAUGAGGUGAUGUCCGUUAUAAAGCGCCAUCCUGAUCUUCAAAAGAUUUCUUUUAUAGGUCACUCACUUGGUGGCCUGAUAGCAAGAUAUGCUAUUGCUAAGCUGUACACACAAGAUUCUACAACAAAUAAUCAAUCGCCUGAACAUGUCUCUAGUGAAAUUAGAAUCGGUGGAUUAGUUCCUAUAAACUUUAUUACCAUUGCCACUCCACAUUUAGGUACAGGAGGACAUCGACAAGUCCCAAUGUUUGGCGGAUCUAACACUGUUGAGAAAGUGGCUCACCAUAUAUCAUGGGUUCUUGGAAGAACAGGGAGACAUUUAUUUUUGGCUGAUAAUAAAGCUCAUGGACAACCUCCUCUAUUGCUUCAGAUGGUUAAUGAUAGCGAGGACUUAAAGUUUUUGUCUGCAUUACAGUCCUUCAAACGCCAUGUUGUCUACGCAAAUGCUCACUUUGACCAUAUUGUGGGAUGGAGCACAUCAUCUAUUAGACGCCGAAAUGAGCUACCCCAGCGUAAACUUCUUGUAAGAAGUGAUAAAUACCCUCAUAUUAUAAAGGGAGACCUGGAUACAACAAGUAGCAUUAAACAAGCAAGUUCGAUAGAAGUUAAAGUAAAUAGUUUCAAGACAGCCAGUGCAUCCAUGGAAGAAGAAAUGAUCAGAGGCUUAACUAAAAUAAAUUGGGAAAGAGUAGAUGUUAGCUUCAAAGGAAGUAAACAAAGAUACUUUGCCCACAACACAAUCCAGGUAAACACUCCCUGGCUGAAUUCUGAUGGUGCCGACAUUAUUCAACAUAUCGUUGACAACUUUCAUAUGUGAAAUUGAUGCAUAUGUAACUUUGAAGAGGUAACUCAAGGAUCCGAGUUGCAAGAAUAGAAGACCAAAUUAGUUUAUUAAGUUAUUGGUCUCUUGUACAUAAUAGCCACUGCCAGUUUUGUAACCUAUAUAUAUAUUUAUAUUGUUGUAUCCAUUGUUAUGAACUCAUGAUAGUCAAAAAUCGGCUGAAAAUUGAUAUCCAAAGCUUAUUUGGCCCAUAUAUUGAGAAUGUAACCUGUUUGUCACAUUGUUACCUGGUUGGUCAACUAGCCAUGGAUUAAGUUACGCUUUUCAAA